AUGGGCAAACACCGACUGACAAAUGGCAUGAAUGGGAAACUACUACCCAGUCACAAGAAAGCUAGAGGCAAGUCCCAAUCCGCUCAACUGAGUGGCAGAUCCAGGACUAAAUCAACAGCGGGAUCGCAACAUGUUACUUUCAAAGAUGAGCAGUCGCCUAAACCACGACUGCAGUCGAUUCGUGAAUCCGUAUCGGAGUAUUUCGCCAAAAUUGGUUUAAAUGGAGUACAUCGUGACAAAAAUGGUAUUUCCUUGUUCAAGUUGGUCCAAUUGGAGCUAAAUUUACCCAGUGUGUUGUCAGGACCUGAAAAUGAAAACACCACGACCACCAAAGUUGACCAGAGGGUCAAUCAAUCAUACGAAGAGUUGGUGAAUAUGUUUAUAAUACCGUGGUAUUUGGAAAAGUUUAUGAUCUUUGGAUUGUUCGUGUGUCUCAAUUCUUUCCUUGCCUUGUUCACCCUAGCUCCUAUAAAGAUCAUUCUAGUGGCACUUCGAUGCAUCAUCUCGUACAUUAAAAACCCUAAGCAAAACUUAUCUCGUCAAUUGAAGUCAAUAAAAAAAGAUGUCAUCACUUUAAGUCUAAUUGUCUUGUCUUUGUUUGUCUUAUUUUCCGGAAAGUUGGAUAUCUCAAAAAUGUACCAUGACGUUAGGGGUCAAGCGGAUAUCAAGUUGUAUGUCAUGUUUGGCGUAUUGGAAGUGGCUGAGAAACUAUGCUCUUCUAUUGGUCAGGACAUUUUAAACAUUCUACUACACACGCCACCUUUAGAACACGUUGGCAGAUUUAUCACCUUUUAUUUGAUUUCCGUGUUUUACUUGUCAUUCCAUGCAUACAUUUUGAUUUACCAGUGUGUUUCAUUGAAUGUGGCAGCAAACUCGUACUCCAAUGCGUUAUUAACCUUGCUACUAUCGAACCAAUUUGCCGAGUUGAAAAGUUCGGUUUUUAAAAAGUUGGAUAGAGAGGGCUUGUUUCAAAUCACAAUGGCAGAUCUAUCGGAGCGGUUCCAGUUGUCUUUGAUGUUGGGUAUAAUAGCAGUGAGAAACUUGUUGCAGUUAAAUACAGCUCAUGGUCUUGUACCUGAUAGUUGGAAGAAAUGGAAUGUUUGGCUAGGUGCCGUGUUUGGCCCCGGUGUUGUUGUUAUUGGAAGUGAGAUUUUCGUUGAUUGGUUGAAACAUUGCUUCAUUUCCAAAUUCAACAAGAUAAAACCCCGUGUUUACCGCAAUUUUUUGUACGUUUCGUGUUUGGAUUUCUUGCAAGUAUUUCAAGCAGGUUCCAGUGGGUCCAGCAAAAACCACGAGUUUACCGAUUUUAUCGUUUUAACUCGCAGAAUUGGAUUGCCAUUAUUGGCGUCUGCUGUCUGCUUUUUAAGGAUGACAAUUGGUGAUUUUAAGCAAAUCUUUAUCGUCCAGUGCUCGACUAAUAUUCGUACCGUUUUCACGAGUUUUGUUUUUAUCACUGCAACCAUCUUGACCUUGCUACUAAUUAGAAUUGUCUUGGUAUUGUUCAUUUUCAAAAUUGCCAACAAGUCAGUGGAGUCACACAAGGCACGCCAAAAAGCACUCGCAGUGGAUCUCAAGCACACGCUUUCAGUAGAUACGCAAGUUGAAAAAACACCUUCUCCGAAAGAGAAGGUUCUUGAGUCAUUCGAUGAUUCUGGAUUUGUGCCUUCUCCAGUAGAGCAAUACUAUCUUCCUGGAUCGCCCAACACUGAACCAUCAACCAUAAACCCCAGCACUAGGGCAUAUUUGUAUGACAUUGGUGAAGUUGUGCCUGAAACUCCAGAAGAGAAAAGAAACAGGCAGUUGAUAAUUGGGGCGAUGCAAGAACUGCCAUGGAGUGAAAAUGAAGAUGACAGAUUGUCUAAAGUUAUGCGGUAUGAAAUGUCGAGUAAACGAAUAUGGUAA